UCAGGUUGAGCCAACCAUGUCAGUAAAUCAAAGUUUUAGUAAGGGCGCGCGUGCGGCGGACGAGAGGACCAGUGGCAAAGCGCUCCUAUGAACAGGCGGCUAUGAACAAUUCGCUCCUAAGCUAUGCAUUACCGACAUGUGGCUGACAGUGACAACACUUCUACUGGGGCGUCCAACUACGUGAUAAGAGGUUGUUGUUUUUUUGGAGAGGAUACUGUUUGUGCGAUGAGACACAAGAAGAUACCUUAUCAAUUGGAAUGCUGUCGUCUAAUCUUGUAAAAUAGAUUUUAAUUAUGAAAAAGUGAUAGGCUAAGUAGAAUUAUAUAGCUUACGUAGGAUUUCAAGUUGGAACAGUCUAGUUGGACGUUUUCUGUGUCGUAUCGGAGCAAGUUUAAACACGGUAUCCAAUCUAGGCAGAAUACUAGUGCAAUAGCUGCUUGUCUCCAAGAAGAUGACGGAAAACAGUGAGAAGGAGAAUGAACCGCAACACCGGGACCUCCAUCGCUGCCCGAGCACUGUGCCUAUAUUGCCCGAAUCAAAGCUUCAGCGACUGAAGCGCUCCUUGUCCUUGAAGUCAGUCAUGCGCAGCAAGAGUGUGGACAACUUCUUCCAGCGGGGCAGCAACGGCGAACUCCCCCCUCUCUCCGGGAUCAUCCACGAGUCUCCUCCGCCUCCCCCCUCCCCACCCCCGUUUGGAGAGACACUGCCGACCUGCGAGCGCUCCCCUUCCCUCUCCCCGUCAAUCAGCCCCAACCCCUCCCUUGCGUCCCACUCGCCCUCCCUGAGUCCCUCUCUUUCCAUGACCUCCAAAACCCAACUCCAGGCCCGGCCAGUGAAGACCCACUGUUUCCAGGAGCACGUCUUCCGCCGGCCCACCUGCUGUCAGCAAUGCAAACACGUAAUCCAGGGAAACUCCAAGCAAGGUCUGCGCUGUAAAUCCUGUAAGCUGGGUGCCCACCUUUGGUGCUCCUCUGAACUAUCCCAGCAGCCUUGCACUGGGAAGACGGGAGCCUUUAAACGGAACUUCAGCUCCCCUCUCCUGACUAACGACAUGCUAGGAGUGGUCAAGGAAGUCCUACCAUCGCAAGAGUCCAGUAAAGGGAGAGUGGACCCUGUGUAUGAGGCCCUGCGGUAUGGGACGUCGCUGGCACAGAUGGGUCGAUCCAGCUGUGGGGGCAUCAACACAGACUCCCCCAGUCAUGAGGUGGAGAGAGUGGAAGAGGGACUGGAAACACAACCAAUCGCUGAAGAGGAGUUUGUCUCGGAGACCGAGACUCCCACUCCUCCUGAAGGUGAGAAGGCCGAUUCGGAGGACAGGGUCAGUUUGAAGCUCUGUUCCUUUUCCUCCCUCUGUCUCUCAGCCACUCAUCAUGCUUCAUGUUUCUUUAAAGGGCAGACCCCGAAGUGCAUCGAUGUCCACUCCGUACACACCUACGUGGCUCUGUAUAAGUUCCUACCUCAGGAGAAAAAUGACCUGGAGUUACAACCAGGUGAUCGAGUGCAAGUAACUGAUGAUUCCAAUGAGGACUGGUGGAAGGGGAAAAGCAAAGACAAGCUGGGCUACUUCCCCGCCAACUUUGUUCAAAGAGUUCGUCCGGGCGAGCGUGUGUGGAAGGUCACAGGGGCUUUCCAAGGUGACCGCAACCGAGGGCAGAUGACCGUGAAAGACUUCCAGAUCUGCGUGGGGAAAAACGAAGAGAUUGACGGUUUCCUAAAGCUGAGUAGCGGCAAGAAAAGAGGACUAGUCCCUUCCAAGUACCUUCUAGAAAUAUGACUUCGGUUAAAGAGGGAAAUUCUGUGUUUGCGGACCCUCGUCCCACCAAGAAGACCAGCCUGUUUUGGGAGCGUCCCCCUUGCACCUCACCGGCCGCUACCCCCCUGGAUGUGGAAACGGAACCUACCGCCUCUGCCAGAAAAUGAUGAGAGAGGGAGAGCAUGGUGCACACGUGCUGGAAUCGCUUUGGCAGCUUCGCUUGGGCCGAUGCAAGAAUCCACCCAAGAGAAAUGGGGGGAAGGGGCUUCUGUUGAGCUGGCUGCUUCACAUGUGGUGUGCCCUCACACUCUCUCACCUGCUCUCACACACACACCGCGCACACGCACUGCACAACGUCGCUGACGCUAACAGUUUCCCUGCAGCUAGGGGGCGUGACUGUGGCGGGCGGUGCGUGGAUUCAUGGGUAUCUCACGAUCGAAGCAGGGGCCGCUUCUGCUGGACCCAAGGCAGAGAACACAGGCAUUUUCCCCGACUGGGCAUUAGAGCGGACACUCACAAUGAAUUCUUUAGAGAAUUCCAGAGGGACCUUUUGGAUUUAAUGUGAAAUGUGGAUGUUUUUUGGCACUUCAGGUUCUGUAGCAUUUUAUUGUAGCAGCUUGUUGCGACGAAGCACUUUUACUUCGAGGUCGUCAGCUUACACCCCUCCCGGGCACUUAUGGUACAGCCAGACGUUAUUUAGCACACCGGGGCAAACCAAAGAGGGUAGUUGGGAUAGGAGGCAGCCUCAUGAUUCUUCAUUAGUGGACUGUGGCUUUGGAUGAUAAUUGAAAGUGUAUUGUUGAAUUGAAUACAAAGUAUUGACGCAUGCUCCACUUACCUAUUUAGGAGGAUCAGGUGUUUAUGUCUAGUUUUUUUUUUAACCCCCUUCUUUGCUCAACACUGAUAUGCUCCAUUUCACAAAUUGAUUAUCUAGCUGCCGGAGCAUUAUCCAGCUGCACGCAGUUGAUGGAUGACGUUUGAAGUUCUCUAAGCAUCCAGUCAUUAAUUAUCUUUAAUACAAAUUAUCUUGACUUUAUGGAAAGGUUUAGCCAGAAAAGAUUGAGAGGAGAAACACAUUAAUCCUGUCGUGAGGUUCUUUGAUAUACCCGUUUUAAUCCUUCACCCCGCCCCCCCAGUCUGUCUCACAUUCGCUCUCUCUCUCCCUCUCUGUGAUCACAGCUUUGAGGUCUGAGAAGGCAGUAGAGGUCACAGCACUCGCAGGACUGAGGCAGUGUAGCGUGAUGUGACACUCCGACACAAGGGUUGAUUCCUCAUCUAUUGGACACACCCCGUCUGACAUUUUCGGAGUAUUUUCUAGUGAGGUGGUAAAACGUGAUUGUCGUGGAAUGUCGUUACACACAUACUCCUCUUCUGAUGUACGGUAUUUUUGGGUGAUGUUUCUUUCCAUGUUUCUUUAGUUGUUUUUGAGCAGAAAGGUAGACAGCAUGUAGUAUUGAUUGAACUUGUACUUAACUCUGAUUGGGUUGGCCCACCUAGCUAUUUUAAGAGCAAUGCACAGAUUGUACGUUGCUCUGUGUUAGUGCGACUCACUGUUAUAUCACACUUAUGUAAAUGUCAGAUGUGUUUUCUUGUAUCCCGCGGAACUAGUAAUGGAAUUACUCUGGCUGGAUGUCACUUCCUGUUGAUGUCCAGCAGUAGCUGUUACAAGCUGUCUUGGCAAUAAACAGUUAUUCAUAACGACAAAUGUAAAUAGAUCUAGGGAAUAAGAAACUGUAGGCCUAUUCAGUUCUCAUGACCCUAAUCUUCGGUAAUCUUUGUUUUUGGAAAUGCUUGUUCAUUCAUUCUAUACCUAAAACACUGGCAUUAACACUGAACACCUAUAACCAACUACAAGACUUGUAGAUUCGUAGACUUGACCUUGUGUUCUAUUCCCACUCUGUUCCCACUCUAUUUGUAUAAUUAUUAUUAUAUAUAUUUUUUAUUCAGGCUCGUCCAAAGAACCAAAAUAUUCCAUAUACAAUAUAUAGUGUACAUAAAAUACAUAUAAUAUAGCAUUGAAUUGCAUUGAGGGCCAAUGCUGUUUAACUAACACCCUUCAGUUCUAUGGUCAGCUUAUUGUCCACGGAUGUUGUUGGUUUGGCAUUGAAAAAUGGAUGCAUGUGCAGUAAAGUGUAAGCUGUAUAAACCUCCAAUCCUCUACUGUAUAGCAGAAGAACACUGAUUCUCCCAAACCUAUCUUGUCCACAAUUAACUACACACUGUGAAACUGUACUGAUCACUAUACUACAUACUAUUUAAUGGAGCAAUAAGCAUUUCAAUACGCGUUUACAUGCAUAUAGCACUUGACUUUUAUCAUAUUUCUGUUGUGUUUGAUCUGAGGGGAUGACAUUCCACCUGAGAAUAAUACAAUUUUUUAAUGACUGAAGGCUGUACAUAAUGUUUUCAAAUUCCUAUGUAACUACAAGAUCAUAUGUAUUUGAGUAGUAACUAUUGUUUGGCUAUUAUACGAGUAAUGCUGUUGUACUUCUAACUAUAGCUAUCUAACUAAAUCAUAACUUAUUCUACUAGUCAAGGGGUGUAUUUUAUUUGUCCUAAUUUAUUGGUCCAAAUCACUGGAGUGACUGAAUAUCCAUGUAACCACAAAGAAUAGCUACUAAUAAUGAUUUUACAGGCCUGACAAGGAUUUCUCAGAUGUUUUAGGGGAGAUUCACUAUGUUACACUGGAUGUUAGUAGGUAGAAUUGUAUGGGACAAUAGACCAUAGUCCACGGUUACAUUUGGAUUUAACAGCCAUUAUAAAAUUUAGCUGACUUGGUGUAUUUGAGAGAUAAUAUUUUACUAUCAAAAUGUUAUGGGUUCCCUCACAAACACUUUUAUUGCCUUGUAAACUAUUUUGUUUCUUUAAACAGUAAGCUAGCUACCUUGACAACAAAUUGGGCAUUGAGGAGAUGGCUUAGUUUAGUGUCCUUUUUGUCCUGCAUUUAGCUAAGAGGAUUUUAUCGUUUUUAUCAACCAACUAGCUAUUGGUUUUAUCAACCAAUUGCAAGCUUAUGUUACAUGCUAUUCAAGGAGCCAUUCUUAAGAACAAGCAACCCCCUUCUGUAUCUGAUAAGCAUCCCAACAACUCUGGCAAAAAUUCUAACAUUGUCAUAUCUAUGAGCUACCGUAACAGCCAAAGUAUGAUAGCCUUUCACAAUAAAAAUAUAGUGUGUAAAAAUGUACAAACAACCAACUCUGUUGGUUGUAUAGUGAUCAAACCCUAGCUAAUUAUUUUGAGGAAAACAAAAAUGUUAGAAGCAUCCCAUCAAUACUUACAAUCAAACCAGCAUUGGAAAGACAUUUCAGUUUUAAAAAUGUUUUAUUGAACAAACAGGUAGAAAAAGCAGUAAAAAAAACUGUAUAAAAUGUAUCUAUUAACAUUGCAAGUUGCUAUGGAAAUAUUAGGAUUCACGUGACUGACUAAUAAUUUCCUUUGUUUUUCUGGAAUGUUCUGCCUCUAAGUGCGUGCCACCUAACUGUACAUACAAUAUUGUUUUUGGUAGUCGUGAAUGAAUGGAACUACACUCUCCUGUGAAGUUAUAACACGUCAUAAGAAUUAAUAAAGAUAUCUUCCAUACGCACAAAAAUAUUUUUCCUUAACAUAUGAAAUCCAUAGAUUAGGACCUACUCACUUUUUGUCAAAUUACCAAUUUCCUUAUAUGAAAUGUGACUUGGUAGAACCUGAAAUGGUUGUGUGUGUUAUUCCUAUUUUAGUUCAAUGUACAUGUCACUUUAGCGUCAAGCUGUAAGAUUCAUUUAGCGUCAAGCUGUAAAAUUGGCACAAACACCUUCCUGCGUGGCCAACUUGACUGUGACCUGCAAAUGUCAAUAAAAUUCCAUCAAAUCAA